UGAAACGCAGAGUAACGAAAGAAUAUCGCUGUUUCUCGUUUCGUGCGUGCUGGAGGUUCUUGCUGUUGAAGGUUUAUUGGUUUAAGGCAGUGUGUGUGAGUGUGCGUGUGCAUGUAGCGUGUUUGAAUCAUAUGUGACAGUUCGAAGCAUUGCUGUCAGUAAAAAUUAGAAUGAAGCUGCUGUUGAGGAGGCAUAGAAACCAGGCAUUACGUGUGUCACAAACCUUAUACUAAGCGGAUGGUCCUUGAUGGAUGUACACUUAUUAGCACUUUGAUGGAUGAUAGUAACUAAUCUCACAGAGGAAAUGGCGGUAUCAGCGGAAACACGACUGAAAAGGUUCUUACACUAUGGAUCUGAACUUCCAUGUUAUGAAGCUGGUGCAUGGAAAAUAAAUAUUGCCUCUCCAAACUAUGAAGCAGUGGAACUGACAUCAGUUGAUUCUCUAAUUUCUGAAGGGAAAGGAAGUGAUGUAGUAAAACACAUAAUUGAGGCUUACAAUGGUGGUUACUCUGCUGAACCAGAAGCCAUCUUGUUUGCAUUGGUGUUAUGCAUGAAGCAGAGUCAGUCAUUAGAAGUCCGCCGAGCAGCCUAUGCUGCCAUUGAAACAGUGUAUAAGACACCAAAGUCAUUUUUUGCCUUUGUGAAGUACAUAACUGAUUUGUCGAAACCAACAACAGGCUGGGGAAGAGGGCUACGCCGUGCAGUUAAUAACUGGUAUUUACAUCAAGAACCACAGAAAAUGGCCGAAAAUGUUACUCGUUUUGUAGGAAUGCAUAGCUGGACACACAAGGAUAUUCUGAAAUUGGCUCAUACAUGUUCUAAAAAUCCAGCCCAAAAUGCUGUCAUCAGUUAUGUGAUAAAUGGUAUUGAGACAGCUCAGAAAUUAUUUAAUGAUAAGCCAGAGGCACAAGCAAUAAUUGAGUACCUGAAAAAUGUUGAGAAUCUUAAACAUAGCACAAAUUCCACUACAGCAUCAUUACUUAUAUCAGCACAUUCAUUUUCAUUUGAGUGUGUGCCAUCAGGCCUCUAUAGAUCGAAAGAAAUUUGGCAUGUGUUAAUACCAAAGAUGUCUGUGGUGACCAUAUUGAAGGUUCUGCGACGUUUGUCAAGAUAUCGGUUACUUCGACGAAAGUCAGUGAUUGUUCCACUUAUUGUGGAUCGUUUAAAGGAGGAAGAGGCCAUUAUAGAGGAGAAAGUACAGCCUGCGGAAAUCUUGCUCUACUUAAAAAAGUAUGAGUCGUCAUCUAGGUUGAGAUUUAUUGACAGAUCAAGACCAGUUAAGCCCCCACCACCAGUCAACCCUGCUGUCGUAGAUGCGGCUAAUGCACUUUUGAAUACAUCAGUCAGUCUUCUUAAACCAACUGGCUUGAAGUAUAUAAUAGCAGUCAACAAUGGAUUUGAUAUGAUACUGACAAAGUGUUGGCAGUGUCGUGAAUUGACAUGUUGUAUGGCUGCACUCCUGAUAACAUAUUGUAUUUACAAAACGGAGACAGAUGCUACUGUUCUUAUAUAUUCAGCAUCAGAUAUGGAGGAAGUGCCAUUGGAUAAAUCACUGUCUUUCAAUGAAACAAUUUCAACAAUGAGAGCGCGUUGUUCUGCUGCUAAAGUGAAUAUGGCACAACCUGUAACGUGGGCACAGAAAAACAAAAAGGCAGUUGAUGUGUUUGUUGUUAUAACAAAUAACAACAAUGAAACAAGUUCUGCCUCUUUACCAACAUGCUUGAAUCAGUAUAGAACUGAAAUGAAUCUUCCUCAAACAAAGUAUAUUGCGGUUGGACUAGAUAUGUGUGGAUUGAAUUGUAUUGACCCAGCAGACCCUGGUAUGUUGGAGAUCAAAGGAUUUGAUGAAAAGGUGCCCACUAUAAUUGAAGCAUUUUCAAGAGGAGCAUUUUAGUUUUGUUUAUUGCGAGUGAAAUCUGACGCAAGAUUAGAGUGACAGUUUGUGAUACAAAUAAAGUUUAACUUCUGCACUCACUCUCUCUCUCUCUCUCUCUCUCUCUCUCUUUCUUUCUUUCUCUUUCUCAGAAGAAAUGUGUAUUUUGAUUGGAUUCACUUAUGAGCAGUGUCAUUCUUCACUUGAAUUGUUUACUAUUUUGAUAACAGCUUUUGGUAUGGCUUGUUAUUUUAUUUAUUACAUUAAUUGUUGAUGUUUAAUAUUUUUUCUAACUGCUGCACGUUAUGUAUUUAGUUUAAUCGUGUAACACAAAUCCAGGUUUAUGAAGUAGUGUUUGAGAGAUUUUAAGCAAACACCAUUAUCAUAAACAUAUUGCUCGCUAAAUUCAUAUGUCUAUACUGCUUUCUAGAUUUAAGAAAGAGACAAGUUAGUGAUCAACAGCAACAGUAAGAAUGAUUUUUGUCAUUCUUAUUCAGCUGAACUUUUUUUACUUUGUUUUCUAUGUGUGGUUAAAUUAACCAAAUGAUUUACACUAGACUGGGAAGUUGAAGAAAUGCUAGAGAAUUAAUUUUAUUUCAGAAAAGUUAGAAUUACUGAAGAAGUAAUAGCAGCUGUGAAAUGUAAUUCUGAAGAAUGAACUGAGAAAAAACUCAGACAUUUAGCAAUUGUAGGUCAGGACGUAGCUACUGACAGUAUAAAAUUGAACAGAAUAUUUUCUGAAUUAUAAAGCUAAGACGACUUGUAAAUAAAAGUUGGGAAGCUGCAGAAACCCAACAUUUUUAUUGAGAUGUGAAAAAUUGUCACCCUUGUUUUUCAACUUCAAAACUGUAAACGAAUUGAAGGAAAAGGCCAAAAUAAAUCUGAAAUUUCAUAAUAUAGAACAAAUAUACUACAUUUUCAGACAACAUUAAAAUCAUUCAUCUUUCUCUAUGACGUUUGAACAUGUCUAUUGUGAAAGUCAGAGACAGUCCUGAAAAAAUUUAAAUGUGGAGUUGUAGGAGGAAUGUUUCAAAAUAAAUUUAUAAGAUGUGGAAUGAAGAGACAAUAAGAAGGGCAUGUAUGAGGAGAAGCAUCAGUAAACAUUUUACAAGAAAACAAGAAAGAGAGAGUGGUAGAAGUGUAAACAAUUGGUUUAAGAAGAGAAGAGGUAAAAACAUCUCAGAAUAUCAAACUGCAGAGUUUUUUAAUGUAACACUUUGUAUAGUCAGUGUACAGGCUGACAUUACAUUAACAUCAGGCAUCCUUGCAUUGGAAGAUAGUUAAAAAAACAGCAGUCGUAUUGGAAGAGUUCUCACACAGUGGAAGGGAAAGAGAGAAUAGAACUUGGUGUGUGUAACACAGGCAAGGAAGGACUAUUGUGUGAUGUACUUUACUGAUGAACAUUUAUGUAGGGCAAACUAAAACUAUAAUGACACAGUUCUCAUAAUAAUCAUAUUAAUACAGCAUAUAGCAUAAAUAAUGCAUUUCCACUUUUCUGAUAUGACGAAACUGGAUGAAUAGGCAAUAAAAUGCUGGACUUAAAAUUAGUGGGCCAUUUAGGUACACUUUUUUCUGUAGCUUGUUUAAAUAAUUCCAGGAAAUUUAAACUGUUCCUUCCUCACCGUGAUGAAGCCUCUCCUCUGUCUAAGGAGGAGCCAUCGGUUGAAAAACGUUUUCCCCUAAAUGAUUUAAUGAGAUGAUUCCACAGGUAUUUUGUUUCUUUCGGGUGUCUUCAGUGUGUGCAUAAGCA